ACAGAAAGAGAGUUCAGUCUUAUUCCUUCGUUUUGCAACAAGUCACAAGACAGCGGUAGAACCUUCAAGGAGGAUCACAGGCAACGUAUCAAACAUGACUCUGGAAACGUCUUUAAUCUCACUGUUUGCUUUCAUGCUCACAUGCACAGUGCACGCGUGCCAGAUCAACAUCCAGCAGCAAGACUUGGUGUCCAAGUGGAGAGGAAGUGCUGAAACCACGCUUCACUGCGAGGUCAACGGCACCAGCGACUGCGUAGCUGAUCGCACAUGGACGUUCGUUUGGUUCAAGUUUGAGGCCAAUAGCAGCAGGAGUCUUUGGUCUAAGGGGAACGCACGAGAGCUGCUCAUCAGGAACGUCACCGUGAAUGACAGCGGCGUGUACUAUUGUGGCGUCAUAGUCAACGACUUCACCCAGAGCGGGGGCCGUUAUAUUGGAAGGGGGACCCUGCUGGUGGUGAGAGAGUACAGCCACGUGAAGCACGCUUUGGUGUGGACGUUGUUUGGCCUUCUGGCUCUGUACAGCCUGGCCCUGCUGGUCCUUCUUAUCCUAAAGAAGAUGCAGAGGAAAACGGCCACUUUCGCCGGCAGAGAACAUGGCAACGGUGGGAAGGGCGAACCCAAACGAUCAGCCCAGUUCCGAAGUGUGGUGCGAGAGCUGUACAGCAGGAGGAACUUGCAAAAGCACAUGAAGAAACACUGCGUGACCCCUGCUCAGCCAAAGGACGAGCUGACCUGCUCUGAUGCAGUGGACGAGACUGUGUACCAGAACAUGUGACCACAGAAUGCCUGGCCUGGAAUUAUGGGAAACUGGAGGAACCUGGGAAAUUUUAGGCACCGCGGACCCUUAAUAUGGAAAUGCUGCAGACUGCUUCACUGGGCAAGUCCGCUUCCAGUCAGUGAUCAGCAAUUCCUCCAGACCUCCGAGAUCCACUUAUAUGUUAAGAUCCUGUCAGGUUAAGUUGUAGUAUCUCUACUUUAGACUCGGGGGUGAUCUUUGGAUGGGGGGAGGGGUAAUCACCAGUGUAAUGAGUAUAUGAUCUGGCAGAAUUGGUUAUGCACUGUCUGUCAAACGACUAUCAAAGGAACAAAAAUAUACAUUCAGUGAUGAGUAAACUUGCAGUAAGUAGUAAAACAAUUAAAUUUUUUAUUUUUUCUAUAAUAAAUUCUAUUUCAAUAGUAA